UAUAAAUACAAUUUUCUACGUUUUCAAAAUUAAUAAUGCAUACAUUUUUAAACCUGUAAUUCAGCAAGUUAACAUGGACGGAGCGCCAGAAGUAUUAUCAGACACAGCUACAAAUUGUAACUUCACAUCAGCUUCAGAAACUAUAUCUGAUAAUAAUUAUCAAGCAAAACAAGAUUCUUUAGAGAAAAAGGCUGUGCAUUUAAGAUUAAUGCUAGAAAAAGAUUUUAAGGCUGCCGAUUUAAAGUGGAGUUUGUUUGUAGCGGCAGCUUUUAGCUUCGGAUACGAAAGCUGUCUCAAGCCUUUUCCCCCCGUUUUUAUGAAAAAUGGCAUAAAAGAUAUGGAUGAAUUGCUAAGCGUAAUCACCGAUGUGCCAGCUUUAGAUUUGGUUUUACAACAACUAGACAAUCUUGAGAACCUGUCCAAUAUAAGCGAUAUUCUUGAUUUGUUAUUCUACGUCCUCGUAAGAUUAAAAGAGCCAAGUUUAAAGACUAUUCCUCAAGAAGCUCAUGACGCAGUUUUGAUAAAUGCACACUCUUUGCUAGCAGCCUCUAAGCCACAGUACAUUUUUCAAGUUGUCAGUUCGUGCAAAUCAAACGCAGAAUUAAAAUGGAAAGAGUUGACAAAAAAUCAUAGGGUAUUUUAUGCUUACCAUGGAAACCGCCUCGAGAACUUUUAUAGCAUAUUAAAUUUUGGAUUGCAACAGCACUUGCAUAAGACAAACAUAAAGGGUAACGGUGUUAAUCUUUCCCCGGAAUUAUGUUUGAGUAUACCGUAUAGCCAUGGAGGGUUCGGCUGGGGUGCUAGUUGCAUUGGAGGUCACCUGUCUUGUAUAGCGAUGUGUGAAGUUAUCGACGCUCACGAAGGCAUCAAUUACCAUGUAAAACCUGUCACAAACGAAGGGGAUGGUGUUUACGAACAAGAAAAGAUGUUAAAUGCCGAAACCGGCGCUCGCACUUCCCAUUUCGUCGUGACCAAUUGCGAUUUAAUUCGAGUUCGUUACUUACUGGUUUAUGCUAAACAACCAACGUCAAUGAGAUUUCCGACUACAACUUCGAAUAGAGAAGUCGGCGGUCUACGGCAAUGGUUCGCUCAACACAAGCUUUUUUCGAUUCUUCUUGGUUAUGGAUUAAUGUUGGCGACUAUCGGUUUUGCAAAUAAUCAGCCCAUUCAUUAUUAUUACAAAAUACUUUUGAAGAAAAUAGAUGGGGCCUUAAGCAACCCUCCGGAAAGGCACACAGGUUGGAGAAGAACUUUAUUCGCUCACCGAAUGCCUCCGCGUUGCCGACAAUCUGCUAACGAAACUGAAAGUUACAAGGAAGACUGUCUCUACCUAAAUAUAUGGACACCACGGCGAGUGGAUGGCAAAUUACUACCCGUCGUUAUUAUACUGUACAGUGAUUCAUGGACUAAGAAUGGCAUAACAUUGCCAUGUCAAGAGUUGGCAGCAGAGGGCGUCGUUGUAGUAACCGUUGCAUAUAGACUACACAUUUUAUCCUUUUUUACUUUAAAGUCAAUUAAAGCACGAGGAAAUCUUGCCUUAUUGGAUCAGUAUAUGGCUUUGCUUUGGAUUCGAGAAAAUAUUGUUGCUUUUGGUGGUGAUCCAAAUGCAAUCACCUUGUUAGGACAUUCUGCUGGUGCUGAUAGUAUUCUUUAUCACAUUAUUUCGCCACGAACAGUUGGAUUGUUCCAACGUGCUAUAAUUAUGUCGCCUAACAAUAUUUGGAAAGCUGUAGAGAACGACGGUGAAACUAAUUUCUCAAUUGAAAAAAUGUCUCAAACAGUUAUAAAAUCUUUAAGCUGCGUGCGUGGCUCAGAAAAUGAAAUACUUCAAUGCUUGAGAACACGAUCUGCCUCAGAUCUAUUCAAUUCGAUUUCGAACAAUUGGACAAUUAACAAUGAAAUAUUUCAACCCAUUACGGAUAAUUUUUUACCGGAGAAGGAACAGUACUUGCCAUUGUCCUUAUCUGCUGCAUUAGUAUCAUCAAAAUCACCAAACAUCCAACUGGAUGUUCUUCUUGGAACGGCUGAUUUGGAUACCAUAAAUUACGAUUUUAAUUACGAAGACGUAGCACGACGAGGACAAGACUCACUUUACGAGCUCGCGAGUUUGACAAUUAUUCCGGAAAUUCUGAGCCUUCUAUCUAUUGAUAGACCGGAUACAUUACCACUGCUAUCACAGGCCAUUCGCUGGGAGUUCUUAGGACCGAAAACACGUUCCCAAAGUGGAGUCGAUGGAAUCAUGAAAUUAACAGAAACCAUUGCAAGAAUGGAAACAUCAGCUAAAUGGGGCGCCGGCUGCGCCCUCUUGGCAGCUAAACUUGCUCGAAGAGUAUCUCAUCUUUAUACCUACCGCUAUUCUAUACCAACUGAUAUAAAUUUGUAUGGUCGCACAAUAAAUUUUACAGGUGCAACGCACGGAGCCGAAAUAAUGACGCUAUUGGGAAACGCUUUAAUGCUUCAAAUUGCCCGACGAACCGCAACUCAGAGUGAGAAAAAGUUAUCAAUGCAGUUUAGAAACUACAUUAUAAAUUUUGUUAAAUUUGGGUCUCCAGAUAAUCAGAACGAAUGGCCGCGAUACAUAGUGGGUGAUUCAUAUAUACAUGAAAUAUGCAAAAAAGAAGCGUCUAAUUGCAAUAAAUAUAAAACAAGCAAAGAAAUUGCUUUUUGGCUUCAAUAUUUACCUCGGUUAUCUUCUAUACUUACGUCUAAUGAACAAGCUGAAAACGUUAUAACGUCAAAUGAUGAGAAACGACUACACGGUGGAGUAGUAGCCAUGUGCGGCGUUUCAAUCACGCUCUUACUUUUAUUGUGCGCAUGCGUAGUCAUUUUACAUAGAUGGCGCACUCGAAGACCUAUGGAUAUUGAUGAACAUGAAGCUAAACUGUAG